AUCACAAUUGCAUAUUUAUGAAUACUAUUAUCAAAAUGAUCAAUUAAAGCUUAGCCAACGACGGACAAAAUUCCAAUGAUAAAGUAGUUAACUAUCAUAGUUCAGGGACCGAUUUGUUAAUAAACCUGAAGUUUAGGGGCUAUUAUUGUAAUUAGCAAUGGGUUUCAGACUCGAGUUUAAAGUUUAAACCCUUGCGUGAAAUUUUGAGACGAACCCCGGGAAUCAGAACUCCCUCCUCUCGGAUCGUGGAGAUUGGACGGCGGCGGCGGCGGCCUGAAGCUGAUUCCCGGAAAACCGCCGGCCGCGAUAUGCCGGAUAGUUCCAAACACUGCUUGCCCCACUCUGAAUCUACUGAAAAGGAACGGCCUUCGAAGGUUCCAAAAACUUUGCCGGCCGACGCAGAAGAAGAAGACCAAUUAGAAACGAGCAGCAUUUUGGAGUCGAUGAGUCAAAACCCUCGGCUUCAACGUUAUCUGCUGGCUAUCGAGUACAUAGGAACUCGCUUCUCCGGUUCCCAGAAACAGGCCAUUGGUAGAACUGUAGUUGGCGUACUUGAGGAAGCAUUUCACAAAUUCACUGGCCAACCAGUGGUAGUCUCCCUAUCCAGCCGCACGGAUGCAGGAGUACAUGCCUUGGCUAAUGUGUGCCAUGUUGAUGUGGAACGAAUUAGCAAAAGGAAACCCGGUGAAGUUUUGUCACCUCAUGAACCGGAAGUGGUUAGAAGAGCAGUGAACCAUUUCUUACAGAGAGAAGGAGAUAUCAUGGUCACUGAUGUUAGACGUGUUCCGACAGAUUUUCAUGCAAGAUUUAAGGCACAAGAACGCACGUACUUCUACCGUUUGCUAUCUGGACCAGAUCUUUUGUCUUCCUUUGAGAAAGACCGCGCAUGGCAUAUACCUGAGCCGCUUAAUCUUCUUGCAAUGAAGGAAGCAUGCAAUGUUCUUGUUGGCCAUCAUGAUUUUAGCUCCUUUCGGGCGUCUAGUUGUCAGGCCAAAUCGCCAAUCAGAACCCUUGAUGAACUUAGUGUUACUGAAGUGGCUCCAACUCCCUACUUCCCUUUAAUCAUUGAAAGGGAACAUACCAAUGCACAUGUAGAGGAUGCUUUGAACAGUCAUAAGGUUGGGGUUCCCGCUUACGAAACAGGUUCUGGAUUUGGGAUUAGGAGGAGACAUCGUUGCUAUGUAAUAACAGCACGUGGUCGAUCUUUUCUUUAUCACCAGGUCAGACUUCUAGUUGGCGUUCUCAAAUGUGUGGGCACAGGAGAAAUUACAGUAUCCGAUGUGAGGAGGAUACUGGAGGCGAAAACUCUGACCGCUGCAAGUCCCAUGGCCCCUGCAUAUGGUCUCUACCUUGGACAAGUCAAGUACGAUCUGCCUCGUGACCCAUGAAGGUUCUUCUCUUAAGUUGGUUUAUGAGCUACCACAAUGCAAACAAUUUUCUUUGCUCACCAUGUAAACAUCGUUGAGUUCAUAGGGUUCCAUGUUAAUGGAUGCAUCAGAGUAUUUUUGCUUAUGCCCAUGUUUAAUCUAAGAAAAAGUUCUAUAGGAUAUUAGACACUGCUUAAUCGCUAACACUGGAUCAUUUUGGUAGGUUUAUACAAGUCGCCACAACAUAAUGACUCAAUUGUGCCAUCACUAAUGUGGCAAAUGCCCAUAUCAUGACCACCAAGCCGACCUUGUACUUGUUUGUCGAAGCCAUCAUCAGCGAAAUAGAUGCAAUUCGAUUUCAAUCCUGGAUGAUCUUUGAUAGAGAGACAAACAGGAGCAUUAGUACCCAAGAACAACGCAAAAUCACCAAUGCUUCGAACCCUAUGUCCCUAUCCCACUGGUUUGUAUUUCCAUUCAGCCUAUAAAUUAAAUCUUUGAACUUGCAAAAUUUGGUAUAACACAUGAUAGAAAAAUUAUUUUUAUUGCGGCUCCAUCCUCGUUUUCUGGCUCCGCCCCUGUCAAAAGGCAGUCACUACCUCCACAUGACAAAGAUCUCCACUAGUUAUAGUUAGCAAGUUUAAUUUCUCCAGCACGUAUUACCUUCCAACACUGUUUCAUACAAAUUGUUCAAUAAUUGAAGUUAUUUACAAGCUUACCGUUGAUUUAAAAAUGUGUGAUGGUGUAGCUCUUUGUGUCAAUGCAUGUUUAUGAGUUAUGACAUGUACAUUUUGUUGAAAUCACGAAACUGACGUUGGUCGUGAGAAGAAUAUUAAAUGCAAAAACUGUGACAAUACACCAAUAUUUAUAUAUACAUGUAUAUUAUUAUAUAUGCAUUGAUGACAAUGCAUCAAUUUAAUUAUCAUCAAAACCAAACAAUCCCUGGAUCAUUUUGGCCUGCGAGUGAAGCAGCCUUCGCCAUUAAUUUAAGAAAAUGUUUGAUAGUUGUGUUGCUGUCUUUUUUACUUUUUAUUAUUACACUUUGUAAAGAAAAUAAGUUAAGUUGUCCAAAUUUCGGAUGUCGGAUUCUUAGUUUCUAUUUUACCUUUCUCUCAUUUGUAAUCCAUAAUUAUAAAAUGAUAAUAUCAAUAUUCAUAGUCCAUAUUAACUUUAAAUAAUAAUGUUAAGCGAGUCCACCAACUUGGUAUUAAGUUUGAGUUAGGUGUCGUUUGAAAAAAGAAAGAUUUUAACCGUGAAUUUAUUGAAUUUUUAGAUUUAUCAGCUUUGUUAUUUUUUUAUUGUAGUUUUUGCAUGAAGGAUUUUAUAUUAAGAGAUUUUCUCUAAAAUUCAUAGAUUUCAAAAUCUCAUAAUCAGAGAGAUUUUAAAUUGAGAUUUUAAGAUUUUUUUCUUCCUGCCUUUUUAUUUUUAUUUAUUUAUACCAUCAAAUAUCUCCUACUAAUAAAUUUUCAAUAUUUUUCGAGUCAUUAAGAUUUUGUUGGUUAAAGAAAUUAUACUUUUCGUU